AUGUCGUAUACAACGUCAACACUAGUAGCAGCCUCCCUAUUGACCGUGGGCGGGUACAUGCUCUUCACGGGCUCCGGCGAGUCCUUCAACGUUGGCGACUUUUUGACAUCGACGUCGCCUUACAUGUGGGCGUCGUUGGGCAUAGCAUCAUGCAUAGGGUUUUCGGUCGUGGGAGCGGCAUGGGGCAUAUUCAUCACGGGCACGUCGAUCCUUGGCGCUGGUGUCAAGGCCCCGAGAAUCACCACCAAGAACUUAAUCUCGAUUAUCUUCUGUGAAGUUGUUGCUAUUUACGGCUUGAUUAUGGCCAUUGUCUUUAGUGCGAAGUUGACUAGUGUCAGUAGCGAGGUCUUGUACACGAAGGAGAACCUUUAUACUGGCUAUAGCUUGUUUUGGGCCGGGUUGACUGUUGGAAUCUCGAAUUUGAUCUGUGGUAUUGCUGUUGGGAUUACCGGCUCGACGGCUGCGAUAUCUGAUGCUGCCGAUAGUGCAUUGUUUGUCAAGAUCUUGGUGGUGGAGAUCUUUGGGUCGGUGUUGGGAUUGUUUGGGUUGAUUGUGGGGCUUUUGAUGACUGGUAAAGCUCAAGAGUUUAGUUAA